AUGAUUUUAGGGCUUUCAAGAGGAACCAGACAUCGCAUCUCUGGGCUUCGAAAGGCACUAUUCAACCGGCACACAGCCCCUUAUUACCUAUCACCUCGCUCUCCAGUAGACCCGUAUAUCAGCCAGUAUGCAGCCUACGCCCCAUCUCUCCCGGAUCCUGCACCAUCAUCAUUCUACAAACCGUCAUAUCCAUCGCUGCCAUUGAGUCCCACACAGUAUUCAGACCCAUCUGUUUCAUCAUAUCCAUCACAGUCCCCUUACCCUUAUGCCUACCCUGCCCCAUCCCAUUACCCUUAUCCAGCUUCCGCUCCUUCAUCAUACUACUCCCCAGUUUCAUCAUACCCAUCCCAACCAUAUGCCCCGUCAACGUCAACCACUCCCUUCUCGUCUCAAUCCCAGCAACUGUCUUACUCAUCGUCAUCAAGCCCUCACACUUACGAUCAGAGUCAGCAGAUGUCUUAUACUUCUCCUCUCACCUCAUCUGCUGAAGUUUCAUCCAUUAGUAACUCUGCCGCCUAUUUAAUCCCCGCAAAACCUUCUCAAACGAUCAGUGACGCUGCUAAGAAACCCAAGCCUAAACCGACACCUCCGGAUAGAACAGAGACGUUUGAGAUCAGAGGAAGAUGUAAGCAAGUGAAUAACCUUGUUUGUUAGGAACUUUUACACCAUUGUAAUCAUGUCUUAUGCACCUUUCAAUUAAGGUGGCCCUAAACACUUUCCAAACUCUUUUAAACUUGCCACAGGUACUAGAUUCCGGGAUCCUGGUCGGUGGAACUUGGAUUCCGGAUUCUGAUCGCAGCACUUGAAAUGCACGGUAUUAAUUUCACUUCAAAUACAAUCUUUAAGUGUGCUGCACUUUGCAUUUCAGUCUUCAAAAGCAUCGGUUGCUGGGCAGACUCUCAGCAAGACCGUGCCAUGGAUAGUUUAGAAGGAAAGUUCUCAAAGCUUAAACAACAUGAUUACAAGACCAGAGUAAAUGCCCUGAUGAAAUGCGCCGAAGCAGCAGAUGAAAACGACCUCGAGCUGUUUGCUAUACAGAACGGUGGUCAGUGUUUUGGCGGGAGAAACGACAAGAACACAUAUCGCAAACAUGGGCCUAGUUCAGAUUGUGGAGGUGAUUAUAAUCGUUCUCCAUCCUCUAUUUGGCGAUUCUUAAAACUUGACAUCCCUUAAAAACUUUCAAAAAAAAAGGAAAAUAAAUUCUGUAUUUCGAGAAUUCAGUGCAGUGCUAAAUUUACCACUUUAUUGAAGCCACAGCUAUCUAAGAACUUGCUACAUCCAUUAAAGUUUAUCCGCAACUUGUCUUAAAGUUAGUUGACUUCCCUGACUAGACGGCGAACUGUUACACUUGAAUUAGAGAUAUCUACCAGUUGUUGGACAGGUAAAAACCCUUAGCGAUUAUCAUGAAUUAAUUUUACAUUUGAAGUGUGAUGAUGGUGUUAUCAUCAAUUAUCAUCAUCACAUCAUCAUCAUCAUCAUCAUCAUCAUCAUCAUCAUCAUCAUCAUCAUCAUCAUAUUAUUAUUAUUAUUAUUAUUAUUAUUAUUAUUAUUAUUAUUAUUUAGUUAUAUUACCAUUUUGUUUUCAGGUGAUGGCGAAGGAGGGCCUUGGAGUAACGAGGUGUAUAGGUGAAGGACUAAACUAGAAUAAAUUAGAAAAAUUACAUAAUAUUUAUCUCCCCCCCCCUCCCCUAACAAAGUCAUUUACAACAUUUUAAAUUAAUUUCUGCGUUAUCGAAAUCAAUUUACAGCACACACUCACACAUAUUCUUCUGUUUCCUCUGUAAUUGUAUGGGGCAUAAAUUAGUUAUUCAGAUUCUGUUUUGACGCUUAUUUUGAAUAAAUUGUAUGUGAUCUGAAAUAGUUUUCUAGAUGAGGAUGGCCAACUACUUGUAGAACCACCAAAAGAAACUGCAAUGGACAGCAACAAUAAAUCAAGCAAUAGUUCAAAGUCUGCAGGAUGUCCGAAUCCGUGCGCAAGUACUAGCACUCCCCAGCAAGUCUCACCUCCGAUGUGUCCGAGCUCCUGCACAAAUAACCCCCCUCAGCAAGUAUCGCCCCCAGUAUGCCCAAAUCCAUGUGGUAAUAAUCAGUCAUCACCAGCCUCUGGGAAUAAUUCGUGUCCAAAUCUCUGCUCAAAUAAUCCCCCACAGCAAGUAUCGCCCCCAGUAUGCCCAAAUCCAUGUGGUAAAAAUCAGUCCUCACCAGCCUCUGGGAAUAAUUCGUGUCCGAAUCCCUGCCCAAAUAAUCCCCCUCAGCAAGUAUCGCCCCCAGUAUGCCCAAAUCCAUGUGAUAACAAUCAAUCCUCAACAGCUUCUGGGAAUAAUUCGUGUAGCAGUCCUCAACAAAGUUGUGGUGGAGGAUGUCCGAUGCCAACUUCCGGUUGCAUUAGUAAGUCCUCUUUUUUAAAUUUUUAAUCCGAUUUUCAACAGACCAUUCCUCUCUCUUCAACAUAAUCUAAGAAUUAAUUUUUUCCUUUACUGCUGGUGAAAUAAUGUAACUUAAGCUUAUUCAAACGUUCAAGUGCCCACGAGAAUGGGUCUUCAUCAUAAUACCAACCUCCUGUCGAAUGCUAGCUCACAGUACGGUCCUCUCAGCAUUGUUCCACUUUUUAGAUUAACACAUUAAGAAGAAACGACAAAAUGUCUGUUAGGUCGAAGUCUCUAAACCUAAUGCCACCGGCAUGCAGGUCCGGCGAUUUAGAGUCCAACACACACCAGGGUACCAGGGUGCCAAUGCUCAAUGCAUUGAUAAUGUUCACUACUUUUUGGCAUUAUUGUUCUAUUCCCAGGCACUAAUAACAAAGUUAAUGGAACAGCUAAAGGUAAGUAAAAUAAUAAUAGACUUCUUAAUUUGCUUUGUUCUAAAACAAGUUAACAAGAAUUCAGGCUUUAUAACUAUUGCGUGUGUUUACGAAUCUGCGAGUACUAUUACUAAAAAUUUUUUUUUUGGUCUUGUUGAUCAGUCCGUCAUACCAAUAAUGAUCGAAUGAAAUUUUCCUUUUCUCUGAAUAGGACAAUCAACUAAAGGUAACAACACCAAAUCACCUGGCGGAUGCACACCGAGUGUGAUGGAAGGAAGCCCAUGUAUGCCCCAGGGGGCACAGUCCGGGGGAUGUGGAGCUAUGGAAGUAAUGACUCCCUGUCCAUCUCCAACAGAUAUCUCUGGGGGAUGUGCCUCCCCAGGAGCAGGGGCGACAGCAGGGGGUUUAACUUGUUUGCCCCAAGAAAUGCCCGCUGGGAUCCCUAAUUGCGGCGGAGCAUCAACUGGAGGAGGGGCAUCCUGUAUAACGGUCGACUCCGGUUGUGUUCAAAUCAGCUCGCAGUCUAUGGGAGGAGAACAGUGUCCUCCUUUAAACCAGGGGAUGACAGUUGGCUGUCCUGGGAUGGGAACUGAGAUGAUGCCGAUGCCGGGAACGACUUGUGUGAUCCAGGGCAAGGUUGUUGAGGGAUGCCCUAAUGUUACCACUGGUGGCGGCGUCUGUCCACCAUCCGGUGUCACUGGUACGACGCCUGGUCCCAGUCCUAAACCUGGUACAACUGGAAUCACUCCUGGUACAAAGCCUAAGAUCACUCCUGGUCCAAAGCCUAAGCCUGGCACAACUACCCCUGGCCCUACCCCUAAUAAGCCUGAUACAAAGAAACCUGGUCCAAAGCCUAAACCUACUUCAAGUGAGACAUUAUUAAUACAAUUGCUUUAACCUUAGAAUUUUUAACUUGCUUAAUCUACUUGCAGCAUCAUUGAUUAUUUGGAAUAAGGCUAUAUGUAUUAAAAAUGCAAUGAUUUGUAAUCACCCUAGGAAACAUGCAGCAAAUGUCUAUCGAAAGUGCGUUUGGCUUUACCGGGUAUCAUCAGUCGAAUGAAACUCUUCAGAAUGACUUUUGGUUCAGUCUUGAUAAUGUAAGAGUAAAAGCUAAGGAGCUAGUUCAAAGAUCUUUCAUCAUCAUUUAAUAACCCUCCACUUGAUCUAAUACAGUGGAUCCUCGAUUUAACGAAGAACCAAAGGACUGUCAAAAUUUGUUCGCUUUAACGAGAUUUCGUUACAUCGAGGUUCUUUUUAACAUAUUUUGCUAUUAUUGGGGUAAAGAAAAUCGUUCGUUGUAUCGAGUACUUCGUUAUAUCGAGGUUCUUUUUAAUAAAUUUUACUAUUAUUGGGGUAAAGAAAAUCGUUCUUUAUAUCGAGGUUCUUUGAAUCGAGAUUUCACUGUAGAAGGCGAUUUGCGGACGGACUGAAUAUGUUGGACUCCACUGACCAUUCCAUUAAUUAUAACUAUAUCUGAAGUGGUCACUUAAAAAUUAUUCCUCGAGCCCGAAUGGGCUCUGAGUUAAUAGCCCAUGAGGCCGAAGGCCGAAUGGGCUAUUGACUCAGAGGCCAUGAGGGCGAGAGAAAUAAUUGUUUUAGUAAAAUCCAACUAGUUGGUCAAAAAAAUCGAGAUAAAACAACUUUAGCUAGCAAAACGCGACGCAAAAGCCAUUGUUUUGCCGGCGCUUUUCGUUACUAGUGGGCUAUAACAUAUAGCCUAGUAGUAGCUCAACCAAUCAGAACGCAGCAUUGAUAAUAGACCACUAGGUUGGAUUUUCCUAAAAAAAGAUAUACAUAGCCUCUCAGAUCACCAGUUUUAAACUCUAUAUAGCAAUAUCAUCUGUCCUCUCCGGCAAACAGUGAGGAGUUAAAUAAAUGAUGAUACUGUAUAUGUUAAGCGGUGAGAUGAUAAUGACUACGAUAUGCUAUUUAAUUGUUUGUAGAAUGCAAGGCAAAAGUGGACCUAGGAUUUAUCAUUGAUGGCUCUGGAAGCAUAGAAAAUGCUGGUAAAGGAAACUUCAAAAAGGUUUUAAGCUUUGUCAAAGCUAUAACCCAAGCGUUUGAUGUAUCUAAAGAAGAAACCCACGUAGGAAUCAUAGUUUAUGACGAAAAGGCGGAGGUAAAACUAGUUUAGACUAGUUAAAGACAUAAUAGUCACAAAUACAUCGACAUAAUAUACAACUGUACAUACCAUAAUGACAAAAUAUUUUUUAACGCCUGAAUCAGCAGAUCCCUUGUCAGUCGUCAACGAAAUUUUCAUAAAUUUAUAUACUCAUAUAAAAGGUGGUUGAGUUUUUGCUCUUCUCGAGUAAAUAGGCAGCUCCUUACAUUACAGCUCUUAAGAUCAUGUGAAUAUUAUGGGAUUUGGUGCAGUUUUAUCAUGUAAACUGUUGGCCAUACUGCACCCUUAGAUUCAUGGUAACACAGUGAAAUGAUUGUAGAAAAGAAUUGCAAAUGAAACCUCUGUUAGCAUUAAGCGGCCACCUCCAUCAAGCACAGGGCUGCGGCUACCCUUCGCCCUUCCCAGUGAGUGUUCCCAUUAUGAUGAAGGAAAAUGCAGUCCGGAGGUAGAAGGUGACGACUUAUUAUGGAUAGUAAUGCCGCUCCGGUCGUAUGUUUGUUUCGAAAUAAAGUGUUAAGGAUUAUGCAAAAUUCUGAAGAACCUCUAUCGAGCUUACCCCGAGGGUGUAGUUAUUGCUGUAGUCAUUGCUUGUCUUUCUAAUGUCCAUGAAUACUAGCGGACAUCUAAAUAAAUAGCGUGGAGAGCGAAAAGGGAAGGGAAAAUACACUUGUUACUGGUUAAUCAGGAUACAUCGUGUUUCUUUAUCACAGCUUGUGUUGAAGUUUGAUGAGCAUGAUAAAAAAGCAGACGUUCUCUCCGCUAUCGACGGAAUCAAAUAUCCCGGCGGAGGAACAAAGACCGGGGCAGCGCUUAACAAAGCCAAGUCAGAAUUAUUUGAAAAAAGUGCGCGCGCUGGAGUUCCCAAUAUUGCCAUCGUCAUUACAGAUGGCAAGUCAAGGGACAGUAUUGGAGCUCCCGCACAACAGUUGAGAGACUCUGGCUGUACUGUGUUCAGUGUAGGAAUUGGAAAGAAUUACAAUGAGGAACAACUGCGAGAAAUGGCCACUGAUCCAGACUCACAACAUGUAAUGAAGGCUGAUUUUGAUGCACUUGAUACAAUUAUUGAAACCAUCGUGGGAAAUGCUUGUAAGGGUAGGUGCUCUCAGUAUUAAAAGCUUCUUGAGUUACGUUUUGACCUUUUUGAAGGGAGUGGAAUUGCUGAAAAACUCUGGCUUACAAAAGGAAAUACAAAGUCGCCCAAGAAAAGCAACGCAGCUUCUUCUCACGUUAAACAUAAAACAAAAAUAUAGUGACAGCUAAUUGGAGACUUGUUACAGGAGAUAAUCCUCCCUCGCUUAUUAGAACAUUGAACUGAAAUGUAUAGGAAUUUCCUGAGAGUUGAAUGAUGAUCAUAGAUCAUAGCUCAAAAGAAAUAAUAAUGAUGCAAAUUCCUCGUUACGGCAGAAAGGCGGCAUUUCGAGGCUAUAAUGGCCUCCAGAGUUAGUCGUCUGAAUAGAUACUUCUGGCUCCACUUGUUCAAAAAGUGCUGGUCAAUUUAUCCAGAUAAGAUAAGAUAAAGAGCAUUGCCUAAUAGUUAUCCAGUGGAUAGCGCCAUCUAACGUUUGAAACAACUGGCGCCCGAAUUUAUUUGUGUAAUCCGUUUCAGUUUCUCCCUUUGCCCUCGUACAUGCAAUUAUAAAGUAAUUGGUCUGUUUUGAUUUGGUUAUACAGGUGCAGGAGGUACAAUAGAGCAACCACGUAAGUUAAGUUUUUUAGAAUGAAUAAAAUAAACGAAAUUUUCUGAAACGUUUAGGACAGGUUCCUUUCUCUAUCACCACAUAGCUUUAGGUUAUGUUAAAUUGUGUUUAUAGGUUUGGUACUAUAAACGCGCAAAAAUGCCAUUAUCGUCCACUUCCGGAAGUUUUUAUGUUAAAAGUUCUAUAUAAGAGAUUCAAAAGCAUUUUGGUAUCUUGGAAAGUGAAGAUGAAUAUAAGCAACUAGUAAUUCUUUGGUCUUCUUUCUUUAAUUAUGCAAUUAUUUGAUUGUAUGCAAAAUGUAUCGGGGUUUAUAUCCAUUUUUAAAAGUAAAUUAUCGUAGUAGGUUCUUGUAAUUCCUCUUUGUUAUGUGCGUUGUCCUGCCCAGCCAUUGCAAGUUUUGAUGUAUUGCCGACUGAUUUGUUAUUAUCAUUAUUUUCACUGAUAUCAUAACCUUGUUGAUAUACAGCUAUUUCAAGAAAGGUUGUCGGAAAAAGUGCACGUGACAAUCCCGAAAGGUAUUGUGGGUGAUCUUGAGUUCACUGUUUUUCAAAGAAAUUUCAAAGAAUGGCACGAGAAACCAUGGACAUAUGUUUGCGAGUGCUAAAGGAAAGCAACAAAAGUAGAUUCGACAGCUACAGUGCCAGGAAAAGUGCAUUGAUCAUAUCCCAUAUUACCUUUCGGGAUUAUCGCGUGCACAGUUCUUCCGACAACCUUUCUCGAAAUAGCUGUAUAUCACGAAUUAAGAAGAAACACUCAGGUAUAAAAAUAAGGUCAGAAGAUUAAAAAACACAGUUAGGUCCAGGCCAAACGUCCAUUUUUUCAUGAGAAGAACCGUGAGUUAAGUUCAUGAUAUCUUCCUUCGUCCCGUGUAAGGGAAUCCGGAUUCCGCAAUCCGGAAAAGUUUUGCUUAAAGAGUCCAGAAUCCUGGGUUUUGGAAUCAGCAAUACAGCUCAAGGAAUCCGGAAUCCCACUAACGAUUGGAAUCCAGAAUCCUGCUGGCAAACACUGCAAUAGAGUACCUGGAAUCUGGAAUACAGCUCAAGGAAUCCGGAAUCCCACUAAAGAUUGGAAUCCAGAAUCCUACUGACAAACAUUGGAAUAGAGUACCUGGAAUCCGACAUCCACAGCGUGGAAUCCAGAAUCCAAGACUGUCCUUGAUUCCCUCACAUUGGGCGACAUGAAAAGUUUGACGUUGGGUUCAGUUAACGUCUGAAUGAGUUCUAUCCGUUUGCUUGAGACAGAAAGAACGUCUUAGAGUUUGCUUCGUCUCAUGAAAAGUUCGACGCUUGGCCUUAAACUUGAAAUUUUAACUGUUUCGAGGAGUACUAGUUCGUGUAAAUUAAAUUAUUCUAUUAGUAUGGGAUAAUUAACAAUUAUUCCUCGAGCCCGAAUGGGUCUGAAGGCCGAAGGCCUCAUGGGCUAUUGAUUCAGAGGCCAUGAGGGCGAGAGGAAUAAUUGUUUUAGUAAAAUCCAACUAGUAGGUCAAAAAUAUCGAGACAAAACAACUUUAGCUAGCAAAACGGGCAAAACUAGCCGCCACUGUUUUGGUUUUCAAAGCCGGCGCUUUUCGCUAGUAGUGGGCUAUAACAUAUAGCCUAGUAGUAGCUCAACCAAUCAGAACGUAGCAUUGAUAAUAGACCACAAGUCGGAUUUUACUAAAAGGCAAUACUUCAACCAAAGAUUAUACCUAUGUCACAUCUUUGAGGUUUAACGUUCUCUGAAAGCCUGUCCUUUAGCUCUUUUUGAAAGACCGCCUUUUAACGUUUAAGUUGAAAAAAAAUUCCUUCUUCCUAUGUAGCACCAUCAAUUACUUCCCCGCCUACACCACCAUCAACCAGCUUCCAAAAGACCAGUAAGUGGUUAUAAAUAUGAUAAACUACUAGCAGCUUAAAGAUUGUCUUCCCUUAUGUUUCCAGUUUCGAUUUAUAUACAGUACAACACCGGUAAACGAUAAUCAGUUCGAGUUACCGGGGGUUCGAGUUAUCGCCACUUUAAUAGGUGACGGUUUACUGGUUUUUCAGCAUUUCACUAUACGGUACAGUCCAAAUAAAACUUACUUUAUCAAAAACUGUAAUAUAUAUUGGGAAAUGCUUGUCAUAUAUGUGAUCUGUUCAAAUUGCUGUCAGUUUUAGGGUUCUUAGCGAUAACACUUUAAGACUGAGAAAUAAUGGGAUGGCAUGAGUGGUGGGUUAUGAGGGUAAAUUUUGAUCAAGGGAUACGAAAUUUAGUUCUGGUUAGCGGGGAAUCCGAGUUAUCCCAGUACGAGUUAACCGAGUGAAAUGACUGAAAAGUGGGGCGAAAUCCCAGGGAAAUAGGACUUCGAGUUUCCCGGUUUGCCGGGGUUCUAUACUGUACAUAAGAAAAAUGAAAUAAAAAUAUGGUAUUAAGUAAUGGUAGCACAUGUCCACUGUCCGUGUUUCCCUACCAUAUUUCUCUCAAUUAAAUAUUCUUAAUUUUUACAAUGUACGGGGGAAACACAGCAGGACAGUUUAGCUUAACACGGAAGUCGUAUAGACAGUAACUACACUCAAGAGAGCUCAUUGUACUUUUUAAAGUUUUUUAAGAUAGUGAAAAAUUGAAAAUAGAACGACCUUGGUAGCUAGAAUUUUCCAGUGACAUUGUUUAUUACGUCGUAGAACAUAAGUUCUUAGUAGCUGCAGCGUGGUCAUUCAAAUGUAAUUUUCAUGGUCCUUUUUUUUGCUUUGCGCCUUUUUAAAAAAAAUUUUCUUGACUUUUUCCUACUUUCAGGAGCAAAGGAGUUGGGUGUGUGGGCAAUAAUUAUUUUUACAUUUGAAUCGAUCCAUUGCAGCGUAGCAGCUGUCUUGAAGCUUUUGAAUAUUGUUGUUUUCUUACACAUGAAUUGAGAGGGGACAGAAGCGUUAUAUGAUUCAAUUUAGGCACUGAAACAAAAGUACGAUACAUAAAGGGGAAAAAAGACUGAAUCGUGAAAGAGGAAAAGCGUAGGGACUUGACUGCAACGGAGGUAUCAGCUGAUGAUGCUUGCGCUUUAGCCCCUUUAAAAGAAUGUUUAACAUUAUUGACGUCAAAAAACCACUUUCUGGCAGGAUGCAAAGGCAAAGUAGACAUUGCUGUUCUGCUGGAUGGCUCUGAGAGAAUCGACUACCAGCAGGCUGGAAACUUUAAAAAAUGCCAACAAUUCUUGAAAAGUUUCUUUAGCUCUUUCAACAUAGCCAAAGAUGGCACACGAGUAGGACUUGUGUUGUUUUCCAAAACUUCUGAAGUCAGAUUCGAUUUCGAGAAGUAUGCUGAUACGAAGUCUAUAACAGAGGCUAUUGACAAGAUACCGUAUCCCAGAAAAGGUACUAACUGUGGAGCUGGUCUUGAUAUGGUGCGCACUAAUCUGUUUGAGGCGAGCGCUAGACAAGGAGUAAGGGACGUACUCCUGGUUAUCACCGGUGGAUCCUCUCAGGUAAGAAGUGUUCUAGGGUCUGUGGUGGUGGAUGAGUCGUGGGGGAGGGGGUAGGAUACUCAACAAACCUUUCUACGGGAAGCUUCGCUUACGCUUUUAUAUAACUCUUUUGACCAAAAAGGUACCCCUUUCCAUUAACCUACGAAAGCGUGAUGAACGACAUUGACUACCUUUUCCCUUGUGUAAUCUUUAAACCUUUUAAAAUACUUUUUACCUGUAUAAGACAUUUAAAGCAGCUCUUCAAGAUUGCUUGAAUAAAUUCCCAAAUGGCAAUUAUCCGUAAAGGUCUCUACAACACAACUCAAGAAAUUCCUACCCUCUUACAUAAUCUAACCCUUACAAAAGGUGCAACAUUUGAGAGAAUCAUCAUAAUCAUUCUAAUCAUCGUCAUCAUCAUUAUCAUCUUCAUCAUCAUCAUAAGUCAUCAUUAUGAGCCUUUGGAUACAGUCGUCUCUCAUUGGUCACCGAACCAAUCGCCCUUCUCGAGCGGUGAGAGACGUCAAGCUGUAACUGCCGGCUAAUACAUCAUGAUCAUGAUCACCAGUAGCAGGAGCAUCAAUAACAGCAUCAUCAUCUUCACAAUUUGUUGCUAAAAUCGUCAUUAUCGUAACAUCCAUCGUGAUAAUCAGCUGCUUAAAAAAGAAUAGUCACAAUUUGUUUCUUUUGUGGAGCAAAGGAUGACAUACAAGCACCUUCAAAGAAGCUGCGAGACAUGGGAGUGACAAUUUUCUGCUUAGGACUUGGAAAAGAAUACCAAAGAGACCAACUAGGACAGAUGGCAACGGAUCCAGAUUCCAAAUUUGUUCUAACAGGAGACUAUAGCGAGAUCUUCGGCUGGUUACCCAAAUUAAAGAAGAUAUGUUGUGAAGGUGAGAGUGAGUAAGCUGAAGAGCAACACAGUUGCACCGACGAAAAAAUUUACUUUACCGUUUGAAACCGAUUGUCCCUUUAAAUUCGCAGAGAAGGAAUAAAAUUAGAGGAAGAGGGGUGAAAGGUUAUGUCAGUGGUAGUACCAUUGGCUUGAGGGCCAUAGCUGUCGAUUAGUCUACACGUAAAAACUCUUCCUCUCGGUAAAAAGAUGCAGAUCCAAACUUUCCUACAAUGGACCUUAAUGCACCUUGUUUACCUCCCCCCCCCCCGGAGCAUGGGGCCUCCUGGCCCUCUCCUCUCCAGUUUACCGUCGCUAAGUUUAUUUAGAUGUUACAAAAAAGUAAUACAUUCCAGAGGCACUACCCAAUAAAAAAUGACAAAUUGUGUGGAUUGGUACCACUUCGGAUGAUUUAAUCUCAAAUUACCUUUAACAUGGCUACUGCCUUAACUUUUUGUGGAUUCCGAGGGGGGCGGGUCAGACAACUUUUCUGAACUACCGCCCCAUUAUUUGUUGUUCAACGGAUUUUUUGAUACUUGCUAGGGGUUUAAGCGAAUCUGUGCCGCACCUAUAAAGCGAGUUUCUAGUACCUUUAAUUUAAGUUUUUUUUAGUAUGUUUUUGAGCUUUUUAACAAGCAACGCCGCCAUUUUUAUACUAUAAAAAAAAGGUUUAGGGAGAGGGAAUCUUUGCUAACAGAACAGUUUCCUAACUUCUCAACCUUUUUUUUACAGCGGCUGGGGGAACAUUAACAACAAUUGCAUCUAAAGGUAUUUAGUUAUAGAUAAAUGCAACAAUUCUCUAUUUUGAAAGUUUUUGUGAUCUUGAAAUUUACUAAAUGGAUUCCUUUGAGGCUCUAUUUCGUUCAUUUGGCUGAGGUACACCAUUAAAAGAGACUUAUAGACACUCCAGUGCCCUUCCAUUUCUUGCAAUCCAUGCAGCUAGCAGUUAAGACAGUUGCUUUGCUAAAUUCUAGAAAAGUUAGUUACUGAGCUUUUCUUAGGUAUUGUUGCCCUCUUUAAUAUGGACGUUACUAACCUACUUAUUUCCUUACUUAUUUACACUUGCCUACAUACUUCCUUAACGGCUUAUUUACUUACUUACUUUCUUUACAUACUUGGUAUACCUAUUAUUGCUUAUUAUUACUUAUUUACAACUACUUCCCUACCAACCAACUUAGUACUUACUUACUUACAGAACGACCUUUGUGGAGUAAUUCUCAUGUCGUGGCAGCUGUUUGGACGAAAUAAUUACUUACUAUAUGUAUCUGUUCGCAGAAUGCAAGGCAAAAGUUGACUUAGGAUUUGUUAUUGAUGGCUCGGGAAGCAUAGAAGAUGCUGGUAAAGGGAACUUUAAAAAGGAGUUAAACUUUGUCAAAGGCAUCACACAAGCCUUUGACAUAUCUAAAGAACAAACCCAUGUAGGAAUCAUUGUCUAUAAUCAGGAAGCGAAGGUAAACUCACUUGCGAGAUAAAUCUGAUACAUUCGACUACUUAAAACUAAAUCCUUUUAAAAUUCAUCUUGUUAAACACACUACAGUCAAACCUCUUUAAUAUGGACACCAAAGAGACAGAACCAAUUGUCCGCUUUACAGAGGUGUCCGUAUUAUAGAGGUAGGGAAUGCAUGAUUUUUGGCUUUUCUGGGACAGAACGAACUGUCCGUUAUGGAGGGGUGUCCGUAUUAUAGAGGUGAGACUGUAUAUUAUUUCUUUAUCGCAGCACGUAUUUGCAUUUAUCAUGGACAACACUUGUUUGUAGUAAUAUAAUUUCAGAUAUAUACAUGUAUAUGUACUUAAUAUACGGUAACUCGAACUCUGAAGUGAAACAAAAAAACAGUUCGAGUUAGCGGGGAAUUCGAGUUAUCCGAGUUCGAGUUAUCGAAUGUUCCAUUAUAUAUAAAUAGUUUGUUUCUUAACAGAUGUAAGGCUAUGUUCUACUGGAAAUGCUGUUAAUAAACUUUACUAUCAUCAUCAUCAUCAUUAUUAUUAUAUUCGCCUUGGUUUUGCAAGGUCGAUUAAACAGUAAACGUAUGUAUGGUGGGUUGUGAAAAGUGAGUAUUUUUGAUUUGUUGCACUAACUUUCCUUGUUGCGAUUCGUGGUCGCUGGCAUCCACACUUUAGAAAUAAAAAAUCUGUUAUCACGGUCUGUGGAAUCGAUGGACGUCUGAUGAGAAUGACCUCUUUUACUCCGAGUGUACACCCGAGUGAAUCUCCACUCUACACGGCUUAAGUUAACUCUAUGGCGCGAAAAUCUGCGAAAGGAGUUAACUGGAGGUACACUUGUAUCUCACCAAAGGUAAAGUAGAUGUUUAUGCUGUGGACUAGUAACCAUGGUAACAAAACGAUGCUUCUCUUCUGUAGGUGAUAUCAGGACUCGAUGAGCAUUAUACAAAGUCAGAAGUUCUGUCCACCAUCGAAGGAAUCAGUUAUCCUGGCGGUAAUACAAAUAUUGGAGCAGCCCUCACCAAAACUAAGUUGGAACUCUUAGAGAAAAGUGCUCGUGCUGGAGUUUCCAACAUUGCCAUCGUCAUUACAGAUGGCAAAUCACAGGAUAACAUUGAGGCCCCAGCGCAACAGCUGAGGGACUCUGGUUGUACUGUGUUUGGUGUGGGAAUCGGCAAUAAAUACGAUAAGAAACAACUUCAGGCAAUAGCUACGGAUCCAGACUUGCAACAUGUAUUGGAGGCCGAUUUUGAUGCACUUGAUUCAAUUAUCGACAAGAUCGUAGAAAUUGCUUGUAAAGGUCGGUGCUCACAAUUUAGCGUUUUAGCCAUUUUAGGAAGUAAACGUUUGUUUAGCAAAUGCAAUCCUCCUUUUUUUUAAAAAAAUCGAGAAUAUCUGGCAAUAACAUGGCUUCACCCUGCAUGCAAGAUCUCCAAUUCGCCGGGAAUGGCGGGAGGCGAGGGGUCAGGCUGCACACGAGUUGCUUGCCUCGGAGAAUCUUAGUAUCCCCGCACUAAUUUAUCGCGGGUCAAUUGCAGAUUUCCUUCGACCCUUUAUCUUCUUGCAAGUUCCAAAUGGAGAGCUUGUAUUUAGGCAUAAGCAUAAGGUAAUUUUUUUUUAUGGGAGGAUUUCUCCCCUUUCUAUAUUUGUUGUUUGUACUGCUAUAUGUUUUCUCAAGCGCAAGAUGCCUUCUGAUUUUUCUUACACAGAUGUAGGAGGGAAAAUACAGCAACUGGGUAAGUUAGUUUUUAAAGAGUAAAUAAAAAUCCAAGAAAGCGCACUCCAUCCAUCUACAUCUAAUGUUGGUUUAUAGAAAAUUAUUUUAGAAUACUUUGGCAUACACUGUAAUUCCAAGCUCAUUUAAUAAAACAGUGUCAUUUUUGAAGCAAAAUCAGAAUCAAAUUCUGCGUUAUUAAAUUGCAUAGAAAUGAUGAGGCUACUGAUUCAGUUCUUAUCCUUACACUGGUCAUAACGUGACAGUAAAAUUUCAGGCAAACCCUGAAACCUAAUGCUAGACAGCUGUUUGCAGCUUUGCAGUGACUUUUUUCUUCUUAUUUGGUUUGCUUUGCAAAUGGCAUAAACAGGACUUAUGACUGAGUCCGGAUUGAAAUGUUCACGCAGACUGGUUGGGCAUGUGAGGAACUGGCCUCAGGGAGUUUCAAUCGCGUCUAUUGAAGUUUACAAACUAAUUAACUUUACACAUUAUUGUGAGUUGAGCCGAUGAAAAUCGUAGCUGUGAUUGCAAUAUCUUUGCAUUCGGACAGAGUUCUUUUCUUAUCGUUUAGGUGGAGGAGGCGGUGGAAGUAGCUCAAAGCAUAUAUCUAUCAAAGGCGGAAAAAGUGGUGGCAGCUCAACUUCCGGAGGAAGUAGUUCCAAACUUAUUAGCAUUAAUGGUGGAAGUAGUGGGAGCAGUUCUGGAGGAAGUAGUUCUGGAAUUAUUACAAUGAAGGAAGGUGGCAGUAGUUCAAGCUCGUCGAUUCGGAUAUCGUCUGGAAAAAAGUUGAUAACCAUUGGGAAGAAAAUCACUUCGGGUAGUACAUCGAAAGGUUCUACAAAGCAAGGAGACCCCUUGUCUAUCACAGUGGACCAGGAUACAGACAAGCUUGCCCAAGAAAAUCUGUGGUCGGGUAGUCUACUAGGUGUGUCUUUCAAUGGCAAUAAUAUGAUGAUAAAUAACAAUAGUAGGUUUUUAUAAGACUAUAAUCCACUCCCUCCAGUGAGGACAAUAACAAAAAGAAGGACGAUGAAUAUUAUAUGGUUUAUGCAUGAUAACGACGGCUAAGAGACCAGAAAACGUCGCAUUUCACGUGUCCAAUGUAAUACAAAUGAGCUAGAACAAUCGAUUUUCCUCAUUAUUAUUAAUUUUGGCACAUGCCAAACGCGACGUAGUUUGAAUUGGGCCUAAGAUGAUGGUGAUGGUGAUGGUGACAUUGAGAAUGAUGUUGAAAAUUAUUACCAUAAUAACUCACAAAGAUGAUGAUAAAGAAAGAAGACGUGGAUGAUGCUGAUAAUGAUAAUGAAAAUGAUCCUUUUACCGCGGCAGGAUUAGCUCAGUCGGUAGAGCGCUUGACUGCAGAGCGGGAGGUCGCGGGUUCGAUUCCCGGGGCCGGACCAAUACUCAGGGUCUUAAAAAUAACUGAGAAAUGAAGGUACUUCCUUUGCCCUGCAGGCGGCUGGACCUUCGCGUGGCUCGGAUGACCACGUAAAAUGGCGGUCCCGUCUCCAUUAGGAGACGUAAAAUAUAUGAGGGCCACAAGUUUAUUAGCCUUUGGCUAUUAAGUGCUACCCUCUUUAAAUAAAGGCUAUUUUUAUUUUUAUUUUUAUCCUUUUAAUGAUUACUAUAAUAGUUACCAUAACAAUGAAGAUGAUGAUGGGGAUAAUAAUGACACUGAAGAUAGUGUUGCUAUUGACAUGUGAUGAUAAUAAUUAUUACGAUACUAAAUGUUACACACGUAUCGUGAAUGAAAGCCAUGCAAAAUUCCUGAUAAAUGAUUGUAUAAAAGAGCUGAUAAGUUGGAAUUACUUUUUGAAAAGACAACCAAUCAAACAAGCAAGUUUGAUAAUCUCUUUCAUUCUAUGAUUAACAGGUUCUGGAGUCUGCAGGGAGAAGGUUGACUUGGCAUUUCUCAUUGAUGCUUCGGGAAACAAGGACUCUAAUGGACAGCAAAACUUCAAAACAAGUCUAGAAUUUGCCAAAGCCAUUGCAAGUAUGUUUGUGAUAAACCAAGUGGAAUCCCAUAUCGGAUUCGUCGUAGUCUCCACUAACUCUCAAGUCGUCCUCAAUUUCAAGACAUAUUUUGACCAAAAGAGUGUGGAGAAUGCCAUAGAUGAUAUACAGUAUAUGGGAGGUGUUACUGACGUUGGUACCGGACUGGAACUUGUUAAGACCGAACUAUUUGAUUCCUCCUCUAGACAAGAAGUGCCUCGUAUUUUAAUUGUCGUAACAUCAGGAAAAUCAACUAAGGACGUCAUAGCUCCUUCAAAGGCUCUUAGAGAUACUGGUGUCACCGUGUUUUGUGUUGGAGUUGGAAAUAAUUUCAACCAAACUGAACUCGACGAAAUGGCUACAGACCCCAUUACUAGUCACGUGUUUUCAGCAGACGUCACUCAGAUGGGACUCGUUGUAAAGGCAAUUAAAGGCAAAGUCUGUCAAGGUGCGUAGCUGGCGGGAGUCUUGUGCCCAGGGUGCCACCAGCAAACGCAGGCUACUGAAAGCCCUGAUCUUUGUAGAAAGAAAUUCGUCCUCUUCAUACUUGAUUUCACAAGCAAAAAAUUUUUUAUAAUGCACAUAAAUAAGUGCAUAUAGAGUAUAUUACAUGACUCUAAAUAAUUGAGGCUUUUGAGUGCAAUAUUAGGGCCGUUUAUACGAGAGAAAAUGAGCCGCGGCUUACUCUGGCCGCGGCCUACAUAAGACGCGAAAGGAACCAUUUAUACGAGUACGGCUUAUAUUAGACGCGAACUGCUCGUAUAAAUGGUUCACGGCCUAGUUCGCGGCCAGGUUGUACUUUUAAUAAGCGUAGAUUUAAAAUUAAAAUCGGAGAACUUACGCUUGCCGAAGUAACGCAGACAUCGAGCUGUCCCGGAAUCUCAAGCUCGCUGCAUAUGGGCAGGAUUUGUUUUUCUUCUGGGGCACUCCACACAUUUCUUUUUUUUUUUACAUGAAUCUCUAUCCGCCAUGUUCCACUUUGUAAAUGUAAACAAAACUCAUUUUCCCGCCACUGCAACGCGCAUCUCUCCGCCGUAAAGGUCUGGGAUAUAAAUGAAAACAGAGCACGCGCAGCAGUCGUUCACGGCUUCAGCAAGCCGCGGACAACGUUUCAGUGCAAUUAUACGAAUACUUUCACGUCCAAGGUAAGCCGCGGCUUGGAUAAGCCCAUUCCAAAACCCCUCGGCCAGGAUAAGCCGCGGCUUGUGCUGGCCUUGGGUUGAAUAAGCCGUGAACAUAGAUUUUGUACCAUUUAUACGGGGUGUUCGCGUCUUAUGUAAGCCGCGGCUUAUUUUCUCUCGUAUAAACGGCCCUAUUGUGCAAUCUAAUGUAAGGACAUAUAAUUGAUUAGUCGGUUAGAAAAUCUCAUUUAAAAUUUUAUUUUGCUUUUUUUCUAUAAGGCAACAUUCGACCAGUGGCCAUGUUUCCAUUGAACACCCGCUACAAGGCGAGGGACGUCAUUGGAGGAAAUCCCCCCGGGAUAACGAACCUAGUGAUAACAGCGGCGGGUCCGGACGGCCACGAAGGUGGUGCGCUUUCUUUCCUUGGGAUACCGGAGAGCUACAUCGAGUUUCCAAAUGACGGAAAACUUGAUACAAAGGACUCCUUAACGAUUCUCGCGUGGAUUUUCCCCGAGAAGGAAGGACCAAUCUUCAACUUUAAGACAGAUGGAUGGGGAGCGAAUCUGUGGCUAGCACAAUCAAGAAAGUUAUUCGCUCAUUUCGUGGAACGAGGCCAGCACAAAAUCAGCAAAGUGGAACCGUUGCAAAGUACUAAAGUUAUUCCAAAUCAGUGGAAUUUUGUCGGUGCCACUUACGACCACACUACUGGAGCAGCUGGUUUGUGGAUAAACGGAAAGUUUGAGGAUUCCAAAAACUUGGGUCAUAUUGAACUCGCAACCAAUUAUAGCAUUAGAAUGGGAGCUCGGGAUGGGGACAAAAGAAAUUAUCAAGGUCGUAUCUCGUGUUUGCAAGUUUACGAUGUAUCGUUGACGGCUGACCAGAUUAAUAAUGCGAGAGAUAAUUGUAAACCUUAUGAGGAAAAGUGA